CUCUGUCAGUGUAUUUAGCCCAAAUGCAACAGCUUUGGGUUAGCACAAUGUAAGAAUCAAACACAAAACUAAAUAGUUCAGUCUGGUUUGCCAAUCCAGCCUGACUGAAAUAAGUAAUCAAUCACUUGCAAACUGAAAAACUGUCCAACUCCUCUAAGGUUUUGACAAAAUAACCUUGGCUAACGUGGGAACAUUUCCACUUUGAUUUCUGACCUGACAGCGAAGAUUCAUGCUUGACAUGAUUUCAAACCUGACAGUGUCUGUUUAAGGAGCCAUGGUACAGUUUGCUAAUUCAAUCCCAGAUACCUGUUGAUUACCUGUAAGAUCUAGAGUUCAAAGUAGCCAGCAGCCGUAUCCCUGAGUGCUCUGUGCCCAUCAGAUAACGUGAAGUAGGCAGAGUUGGGACAGGCCAACAGCUUUGAGGAAUGACCUCAGAGCAGAGCCCCAGAAUCAAGAGUUGUGUCUGCUUUCUUGGGAGUCACUGAACUAAAGUCCCACACUGCGUUACUUACUGUAGAUGCUCUCCAAGAGGAGGCCCAGAGCACACAUCCGAAUUGCUCAUGGUACUCAGAGAGGGGGUGCUAACUCUGAUGCCCUGGCCAAAUUCCAGUUUAGGGAUGUGGGUCUUCUUGUCAUUCUAAUUGGAAAUGUGCAUCACUUUCCAUUUUUCCUGUUGCUCUCAGUGCAAACUACACAAGUCUGUUCCUUUGCCCCAAUCCCAAGUCUCCAAGAUACUGGUAUCACACCAGCCAGGUUCAUGCCUUAUCUUGAUACACAAGAGUUGGAGAACGGGAGAUUGGCAUCAGGACGGCUUACACUUGGAGGGUAGACUCUUGUGAUGCUUGGGGGUGAAACCUGCCCUCUUUUGGCAUAUGUUAGGGAGUAUACACUGGUUGGGAGCUCCCAACCAUAAGGUGUGAGCUGAAACAAAUUUCCCCUCUUUUCUUAUAGCAUGAUGAGAAAGUCUUUUGGGUUUUCAGCAGUUGGGGAAGGCCGGAGUUCUGCAGCUUUAAUCUGGGUAACUAAGGCUGGUUUAAUCUGGGUAACUAAGGCUGGUUUGAGUAAGAUUUUGGUGAAUUAACUGGGUUCUCAGAUGCCACAGACUCCGUGAGAAGUCACCAUUAUUUUUAGUGGCUGUGAUGGAGUCCCCCUGUAGCCAUUACUUUAAGAUUACAUGCAGAGUUGCUUUAUUUUGAGCUUUUUGUGUACACACAAUCCCAAACUGGAAAAACUUAAAAAGGAAUCCUGCUGUGAAAGGUAUAUAUUACUCUAGAUUUUUCUUACUGUAAAUAUUGUAAGAUUGUAAUACUGUCAAUAUUUUAUUAACCAACAAAUGUUAAUCUAUGUGAAAUCAGACUUAUUUUAAAUGUGCUUCUUAUUUACUGUGUGUGGUCCCUGUUGCUGACAGUAUUAAGUUAUAUUCUGAUGUAAGAUUAACUUUAUUAAAGAAUGUAAACAUUAAUGUUUCCUUAUGGGAAAACAAAUAAAGUAUAAAGAAGACAAUUCUUUUCAUUGAAAUAUACUGUGUAUUUACACUUGCUAGACCCAGCACCACUUAUAACUUAGUACACUGUCCAGUCUCAGUUAACACAGCUGACACGGUUGUGCUCCACUUGAAAGUCUAAGCCUUGGUGUUGUUGGAAUAUAAACAGUUUGUAUUUGUCUGCUGUGAAUCAUCUUGAAAUUUCUAAUCAAGUUUGUAAAAUUUUUAUAGUAAAACAUUUUAAUGACAAUUUAAAAAUUAUCUUCUCUAAAGAAUGGUCAAAACGAUGUCCUUUCAGAAAUAGAGUUGCUCUUUACUAUCUUUCCAAAAUGACUUUGGUUAAAUGGACCAGGUGUAUAUUAGUUAAAAUCUAGGGCUAAGUUCUUGAUAUUCUUUGAGUUUACAAGUUAAUCCUUAUUGGAGUUGUGCCAAUAUACAAUAGAAUAUCAUUAAUUUGCACUGUUUGGGGACCCCAUUUAAGAAUGCUGAAUUUUGCCAACUAAAAAGUAAGCAAAUGCAAUUUAAAAAGUAAAUUUGAGCAUUCUGUGUUAAAUAUGUGCAGUUAUUAUCAUACGAAGAAGCGCAGUGUGUUGGGCUGUAAUAUAACCAUAUUUGCUGUCAUGUUCUCCCAUCUCAGUGCUGGGAACUCACCAUGUGGAAACCAAGCAACCGUGUUGUGCAUCAGCCGGCUUGAGUUUGUUCAAUAUCAAAGCUGAAGCUAGCGAGGUCUGCUGUACUGCUUAUUGAAGUAUUGUGAUUCUUUUAGGCAUUGGUUCUUACAAAAUAUAUACUGUAACAGUAUACUUUGUACAGAUUUAAAUUUUAUUUGAAAAAAUGAAAUAAAGUAGGCAAAAAAUAAAGAUGUUUAUUUUUCAUGUGACUACAUAAA